UGCCUGAGUAAUGGUUUUCCUGGAGGAAACUCAUCUCAGGGAUGGACUGAGCCUCAUUCCUUCCCUUUUUGUCUUUUGUCUUUUAUGGCACUGGAAUAUCCCAGGAAGGAAGGGAUUUCAAUUUCUGCAGUGCCAGAGCACUCAAUCCUUCUGCUUAAUCCUUCUGUAGAUCCUGGGCUGCAGCUAGAAGAAAUCUGGACCAUCCUAUGGAAAACACUGUUGGAAGUCCACAGGGAGCAGAGGCCUGAAGAGUCUGGAUUUCCAUGUGCAGUGACAGGCAGGAUGGUGUUGUUCCGUCAGGCGCUGGCCGGAGCCGUUCUCCCGUUCCUCAUCCUCUCAGGAAAUUGGGUUUCAGCUGAGAACAUCAACUUCUACAACGUGAGGCCUCCCCUAGACCCCACUCCAUUCCCAAACAGCUUCAAGUGCUUCACCUGUGACAACGCAGUGGACAACUACAACUGCAACAGAUGGGCUGAGGAUAGGUGGUGUCCUGAAAGCACUCAGUACUGCCUGACAGUUCACCUCUUCACGGCCCACGGGGAGAGCACCUCGGUCACCAAGAAAUGUGCCACUGGCGAGGAAUGUCACCUGGUCGGGUGCCACCGCCAUGGGGACAGCGGGCACACGGAAUGUGUUUCCUGCUGUGAAGGCAUGAUCUGCAACGUGGAGAUCCCCACCAACGCCACCAACGCGGUGUUUGCUGUCCUGCAGGCCCGCAGGACGGCCGGGGGCAGCCGCGGGGUGCCCAGCGUGGCACUGCUGGUGGCAGUGGUGACAAUGGCACUGUCCUGACACCCUCAGACAGAGCUGCUGGGACAGUCCCUGGGCCAGGAACCUCCAGGAUCUCCAAGGAGAAGUCGCUGAUGCUCCUUAACCACAGCGAAGUUAAGGGCACGGUAGAAAGGCACAUCCUGAACUCCUUGGAUGUUUUAGUGCGAAUCCUUCCCCACCAGGAUUGAAAAUAAACCCCAAACUGUGGAUGGGGCAGUGGGGUGGACUCUCUAAGCUUUAAUGCCCUGUUUUCUGAGGGAAAUGCACAUUUGCUUGGCAUGGUUUUGGUUUUUGGGACAGAACUGUGACAAUCAUGACCGAAAGGAGCUUUGGAUGGGCGACGUGGCCAGGUGGAAACUGGAUUGAAAGCUUUUAUUUGCAUAAAGGACAUGGAGUUUCUUGUUUUA